AUGAACACCGGAAAUGAAAGCCAAAUGGCAGAGUUUAUACUGUUGGGUUUCCCCAGCAGCAGAGGACUACAGUUACUUCUAUUUGUGGUCUUACUAGGUUUCUAUCUCCUGACCAUUUCUGCAAACCUGCUCAUUAUUGGGACUAUAAUAUUAGAUGUGACUCUCAGGAAGAUCCCUAUGUACAUUUUUUUGUGCCACUUUUCUUUUCUUGAGAUUUGGUAUAUCACUGCUACUGUGCCAAAAAUGUUGGUGGACAUCAUUGCUGACAACAACAUAAUUUCUUAUAAAGGCUGCAUCACACAGAUCUAUUUCUUCUUUGCAUUAGGACUCACUGAGCUCUUCUUCCUUGCCAUGAUGGGAUACGACAGGUAUUUGGCAAUAUGUCAUCCGCUACAUUAUAACUCCAUUAUGACAAGUAAACGAUGCAAUCAAAUGGCAAUGUGUUCCUGGAUUUGUGGCUUUUCCAGCAGUUUGUUAUUAACUAUUCCCAGCUCUAGACUUUUAUUCUGUGGUCCAAAAGUCAUUAACCACUUUUUUUAUAUUCAGUGGUAUUUUGCCAAGCAAUUCUACCUCAGGAUCUUCUGUUUUAAAAGAUGCAACAAGACCUGA